AUGCUAUACACAGAUUGGCCUAAUGGAGAUUAUGAGCAUUUUCUGAAAGUAAAUGAGGAUUUUUGCAGGCAAAGUUGCCUAAGUGAUUGUUUCUGUGCCAUUGCCGUUUUUGACAAAGCGACUGGGGGUUGUUUGAAGAAGGGAAUUCCCCUUUCAAAUGGAAGGAUCGACCAGGGUGUUGGCUGGAUAUCCCUGAUCAAAGUACGGAUAGACAAUUCUACUUAUAGACAAGAAGUCCCACGUGCAAGAAAGAAAGAGAAUUCAGCUUUGAUCCUCGUUGGAUCAGUGUUGAUGAUAAUAAUAAGCUAUUUGAUUGUUUCUCUAAUAACCUAUUUGUUUGCUUCUCACAUCUAUUCUAAGCAAGCAAAGGUGAGUAAACUUUAUCCAGUUGUUCACGGCAUUAAUUUGAAAUGUUUCACUUACAUGGAGCUAAAAGAAGCUACCAACAGAUUCAAGGAAGAACUAGGACGAGGUGCUUUUGCAACAGUUUUUAAAGGAGUUUUAGCAUCCAAUAAUGGAAGAUCCGUUGCUGUAAAAAGAUUGGACAGUAUGGUCAGAGAAAAUGAUUUGGAAUUCAAAGCUGAAGUGAGUGCGAUUGGCAGAACAAAUCACAGAAAUUUGGUCCAGCUACUAGGAUUCUGCAACGAAGGGCAGCACCGAAUUCUUGUUUACGAGUUUAUGACCAAUGGCUCUUUAGCAAGCUUCCUCUUUGGAGAGUCAAUGCCCAGCUGGGAUCAAAGAAGGGAAAUUGCCUUAGGAACUGCAAGAGGGCUCUUGUAUUUGCACGAAGAGUGUAGCAGCCAAAUCAUACAUUGUGACAUUAAGCCUCAAAACAUUCUUCUAGACGACUCUUUCACUGCAAGAAUUGCUGACUUUGGAGUAGCCAAGCUUUUGCAAAUGGAUCAAACUCGAACAACUACUAGAUUCAGGGGAACAAAAGGGUAUAUGGCCCCUGAAUGGUUCAAAAGCUCUCCUGUCACAGUGAAGGUGGAUGUUUAUAGCUUUGGCAUUUUGUUACUAGAGAUAAUUUGCUGCAGGAAGCAUUAUGAACCAAAAAUAGAGAAUGAAGAUCAAAUGAUACUAGCUGAUUGGGCUUAUGCUUGCUACAAGAAAAAGACAAUACACAUGUUAUUGGAGAAUGAUAAUGGUGAGGAAAUGGGUGACAUCAAGAUGAUGGAGAAGUAUGCGAUGAUCGCGUUUUGGUGCAUUCAAGAGGAUCCAUCAAUAAGACCCACCAUGAAGAAUGUCACACAGAUGCUUGAAGGGACUAUUGAAGUCUCCAUUGGAAAAGAUGGGUUCUUACUGGCCAUCUGGUUCAAUAAGAUAACAGAGAGAACAAUUGUCUGGUCAGCCAAUGGGAAUAAUCUUGUGCCACAAGGAUCCCAAGUUGAACUUACAAGUGAUGGCCAGUUUAUGCUCAAUGAUGCAACUGGCAAGAGAAUAUGGUAUGCUGAAUCUGCUGGUACUGGAGUUGCCUAUGCAGCCAUGCUAGACACUGGAAAUUUCGUGCUGGCCAACCAAAAUUCAAGCACGUUGUGGCAGAGUUUUGAUCAACCAACUGAUACAAUCCUGCCAACACAAACUCUAAAUCAAAACAGCAACCUCUAUGCUCGCUACACGGCUACAAAUUACUCAAAAGGUAGAUUCCUGUUUGCACUACAAUCUGAUGGAAAUCUCGCACUUUACACUACAAAUUUCCCACAAGACUCUGUCAAUUCUGCUUAUUGGUCAACCAAAACAGAUAUUGGAUUUCAGGUCAUCUUCAACCAGUCUGGCCUCACUUACCUUGCAUCCAGGAAUGGAAGCGUACUCAAUCCCAUAUCACCAAAUGCAGUUUCAAUACAAGAUUUCUACCAGAGAGCAACUUUAGAGUAUGAUGGAGUUUUGAGACACUAUGUUUAUCCUAAAAGUACUAGCUCAAGUGCCGGAAGGUGGCCGGUGGCUUGGUCUACUUCCACUUUUGUACCUCCGAAUAUCUGCUUGUCAAUUGUGGAAGGUGUGGGUGGUGGUGCAUGUGGAUUCAACAGCUUAUGUAGGCUUAGAGAUGAAGGACCAAUUUGCCAGUGCCCUAAUGGUUACAACUCUAUUGAUCCAAAUGAUGCGCCCCGAGGAUGCAAACAAAACUUUGUUCCGCAAAGUUGUGACCAAGCCUCACCAGGGACGAAUCUUUUUUAUUUUCAAGAGAUGUAA